AUGUUUUUGCAUAUUUGGUCUCCUACUUCUAAGUUAGAAAAGAAGGAAGUAAAGAAGUUGCAAGUGUGGGUUAAAAUCCAUGAUGUUCCGAUUGCUGCGUAUACGGAGGAUGGAUUGAGUAUGAUUGCUACGGCUAUUGGUGAGCCUAAGAUGUUGGACACGUACACUUCAUCUAUGUGCACGGAUACUUGGGGAAGGAGUAGCUACGCGAGAGCGCUAGUAGAAAUUUCAGCUGAAAAUGGGUUUAAGGAGGAGAUGGUUAUUGCAGUUCCAGAGUUGGAGGGGGAAGGCUUUAGUAAAAUGAUUUUGUCGGUAGAAUAUGAAUGGAGUCCUCUUCGGUGUGCACAUUGUAAGGUGUUUGGUCAUUCUGAUGAUUCUUGCCCGAGACAGCCUAGGAGGGCUCCUAAGGGGCCAGUCACUGGUCAGAACAAACAAGAGGGAAGCAAUACCCGGAAGCAAGUGAAGCAGCCGGUUGUAGACAAAGAGGGUUUUACGGACGUGGAUCGCAAAAAAGCGGCUAGGAAAUCAGGGUUUCCUGUUAAUAAGCAGAAGCAGAAAUUUGAAUAUCGGCCGAUUGGAUCCAAGCCGCAUGCUGGGGCUACUACCUCGGGUCCGCCAUCUAGUGUCAAAACGCACAAUCCGUUUGAUGUUCUAUCGGAUAGGGGUAAGAAUGUGGGUAAAAAUGGUGAAGUUCAACAUGACCAGCAGGAAUCGGAUGAUGAGGAGGUUAUUGGUAGCUAUAACGAAACUAAUGAAUUUAUGACAUCCGGGUCGUUGAAGGCAGGGGCAAGCACCUCGUCCACGAAGUUCUCCAAUGGAUAG